UACAAAUUACGGUGGUGUAUCACACGAUCAAGAUAGGCGCGUGAAGAGAGGCACCAACAUAGGUUAGGUGGUUUCGUUCAACCAAAGGGCGUGCAUUACGCACCCCUCACUUCUUUUGUUUUUUGUUGAUGGAGUGCUAAAACCAAUAUUACCUUUAUUCCCGAUAAUACCCUUAACCGGAUAUAUGUUAUCAAUUUUAAUAUAUUCUUUUUUUCUACCCGAAUUAAUUUUUCCCCACGCAAAAGGAGAAAAAUAAAUAAAAAAUAUUAUAAAUUAAAAAAAAAAGGAAAAAAGAAAAAAAAAAAAAAACCCUAGAACGUAAAGUGAAAAUCAAAGCUGUGUUUUGGAGAGAGAUCAGAGAUCAUUACUACCUAAUCGCAGUUUCUGACGUCGAAAAUCCUCCUUUAAUUUGAAGAAAAAGGCUUUGGUAUUUUGCCGAACAAGAUUUCUGACAAUGAGAUUGAAGAAAAGGGACAAGGUGGAAGUUAUGAACAGUAAAGAUGAGCCAGUUUCGUGGCAUGUCGCUGAAAUACUGUCUGGUAAUGGCCAUACUUAUCGUGUGCGGUAUGAUUCUUAUCCAGAUAUGGCAAGUGAAGAAAUAGUUGAGACUGUUUCAAGAAAGUCUGUUAGACCAGUCCCGACUCUGGUGAAAGGUGUAGAGAAUCGUAUUGUCGGAGACAUUGUGGAGGUGUUUUACGAAUACGCGUGGAGGGUUGCUACUAUCUUGAGGAUUAUCGAUGGCAAAAUAGAAAUUAGAAACAAGAUUCAUCAGAACCGAUAUUUGGUACGUUUACAUGGGAGCUCACGGGCAUUAAUUGUUGAUGAAUCGAUCGUCAGGACAAGACAAACCUGGCAUAAUGACAAAUGGAUUAUGAUUGGCAAGAGUUUCUAUGGAGGUGAGGAUGCUAUAGCUAACAAUCCAUCAACUUCAUUCUGUUAUCAAAAGAUAAAUUCCCACAUCCCACAAUUUAAUGACAGGGCUAGAAAGCAACCUCAAAACGAUCACGUGAACAUUCCAAACAAAGCUGCAUAUCGAAAAUCUCAUAUGAAUUCUUCUAGAUCGCUAAAAAGGAUAUCCCCUUAUAGCUCCUCUGUCAUCGAAGCACACAAUGGACAUGCCCAAAAACUAAGAGGAAUCGAUAAAGAUGGUCGAAAGCAGAGAGUGGUUGUUACCCCAGUUCUUGAAAAGGUAGAUGCUGUUUCUUACCCAAAACAAAUUCUGGGGAAAAAAGACACGUUGACAAUUAUAUCAACUCAAUAUAAUGAAAUGGAGAGGACAAAAGCAAACGAUGCCCUCGACUGUUCAGAAAGCGAAACAUCUUCAGUUGGUAGUUGUAGUGUUACCGAUCACAGUCCAAAAAACCCUAUUCCUUCCGUACCCUUUCAAUGGCAAGAGAGUGAAACCGUUUGUAGUGAUGCAGAGUCGUGUUACCCUUCGGAGUAUGAGAGAAAACGUACUGAGAGAAAAAGUAGUGAGCAAAAAAGUCGAAAAGAGAAGUUAGAAGCGAGUAUACGUAGAUUAGAGGUGCAGGCAUAUCGGAGAACUCUAAAAGCUUUGUAUGCUUCGGGUCCCUUAAGUUGGGAACAGGAAGCAAUGCUGACAAAUCUGCGGAUUAUGCUUCAUAUUUCAAAUGAUGAACAUUUGAUGGAGGGCCACAAAUUCGGAGGCUUGCAUCAUUUGCUUACAAGGCUUAAAGAUGAUACAGCCAGCAGCAUUUGGUGCCUUUCUCCUGGCAUAAUCUUUUGGACGAUACAUUCAAAAGAUUAGCUAAAACAUAAGAGAGCUGCCGCUCUGGAUAAGGUUCCUUUUAUAGUUAAUCACUGAUGAAAAUUGCAUGUUUAAUAAGUCGUCUUUCGGUUCGUGUAUUUCAUGUCAUAUUUUUGUGUAAUGGGCUUUCUGCCAUGAUUAUGAUCCUUCCUUUUUCGUAGAGUCAUGUGAUUGGAUAAUCUAAUUUUCUCGUCACGUAUGCAGCAGAACAGAGUUCUAUUUAAUGCAUUGAUUUACUCAUGCAGAGAUUUACAUUGUGUUGUGUUAUAUAAAUACAUUGUGUUUGCAGUCUAUGUAAUGUUCCUCUAUGUAGCAUCAAUUUUCCUCUUAGUGAAAUUAUUAUGAACUCAGAGAACUUUUAGGCUUUGCACUGGUUCACCUGCAAAACACUCCUGAAAAACUGGAGUCGGAAAGCUUUAUGAGGUACAAUUCUUUCAGUAAUAGAGCUUGAUUAAUCCCGUUUCUCGAACUUGUACAGUAUUCUGUUGAACUAUCUCAAGGUAUAUAAUGUGCUGUGAUAUUUCGUUUGAAGGUUUACUUACAAGUGAAUGUUGUUGUAUGCAGUGAACUAUGAAACCUGGUUUUUCUUCAGACAAAGUUUGGAAGAUUGAAUAACGUUUUUUUGGGGCUAAAUUGGAUAAAAACACUGCUGAAAUGAAGACGUUCGACUGCGUUUAUUGCAUUUUGGUUUUAAUUUUCUCCUUUUUUAAAUUCAAGUAUGCCAUGCAGAAAUCUUUUACCUGUUUUGAAUUUUAAACGAGUAGAAUUUGGUGUAAAAACAACUUCAGAUGUGGGUGGUGACUGACAUAAACAAAGCAGAAACCACAUAUCGGUUUUGUAUUGAUUCAAUUCUUUCAUGUU